ACAAGUGCGUGUAAAGUCUACAAGGGGAUCACAUAAGCAAGUCAAACAACUGAAGAGAUCACCAUGGCUGAGAUGCAACAGGGCUUUGAUACAGGAGUUCGAAAGUACUUCUAUUUCAUCAAAGAAGAGGUCAGCUCAGACUGGAAGGACCUGGCCUUCCAUCUUGAUUUUCGGCGGUCAGACAUUGACAACAUUACCGGUAGAAACCGAGAUGACAAGUCCCGCUGUAUGGACCUGUUGGAGGAAUGGCUGAAGCGUAACGGAGAGAGAGCCACCAUAGAGGUCCUGAUGGAGGCUCUGUCUGAGGCAGAGCUGCAGAGUACUGUGGACGGUCUAAAGAACAAAUAUCCUGAUUUGAAGACACCACAAGUCUUAAGUAGCCAACAGGACAUCGAAGAUGUGUUCCGAAAGGCUGUGAAGAAGUACUACGAGUUAAAGCUGACUUCCUUUAAGCCGCUGAUCUGGAAUGACAACUUCACGCUCAACCUAGGUGAUAUCUUCACCCAGUUGGAGUUGGUGCCAAAAGAUGAGAAACAACCUAAAAGGUCCGAAGGAGAUUACAGGUCAGGAGAAAUAAAGCAGAUCAAUUCGCUAGACGACUUGUUCAAUCCGGAUAUCACAGGACUGACCACAGCACCGAGGUGCAUUCUGAUUGAGGGUGAAGCCGGAGGGGGGAAGACAACGUUUCUGUCUAAAGAAGCCCUCGAUGCCGUUUCAAAGAAAACAGAGCUGGGCAAACGGCACGACAUGGUCCUGUUGAUCAGACUUAGAGACGUAAGAGAAGGAGAAACAAUAGCGGAGAUGGUGCUCGACCAGUGUGUUCCCAUCACUAAAGGUGUUGAUAUAGAGUCCAUAGGAGGGAUCCUUGACAGAAAUCAGUCCCGUGUUCUUUUCCUCCUAGAUGGGUAUGACGAGCUGCGGCCUGAGGCCAGGGCAGCCGGGCAGGCCAUUCCUGAGCUACUGUCUGGCAAGUUGUACCCCUACAGCACAAUCGUGAUCACCUCCCGACCCUCAGCAGGAGUGCAGCAGUACACCAUACCUAACUGCCAAGUUCGCAUCAUGGGCUUCACCCGCAGACAUGUGGAGAAAUACGUGAGGCAGUACUUUAGCACCAUACAAGUCCCUGAACUAGGAGAAAGGCUUACAACAGCUCUGAAUUGGAACCAAAUUGUUGCUGAUUUAGUCCGUACACCAAUUUUCCUACUGUUGAUCUGUGUGCUGUGGGAAGAGGACCAAGAGAUGAUCUCUACGGGAACAAUGACGGGACUAUACAACAACCUGCUGACAUGUCUGCUUAGAAAGUUUUGUAAGCGGGAAGGAGUGGACAUGCCACUAGACGGACUGCCUACAAAAGCCGCUGAGUCAUUACUGCAGCUCGGAAAGCUUGCGCUAGAGGCGCUGCUGAGGAAUGAGACUCUGAUUGCUCUUGCACAACUAGAGAGUGACACAUUUAAUUGGGAACUGCUGGUAAAACUUGGCGUGGUAACUUUGGAGGUCUCUGCCUCUAAAUGGCAUCCAAGGAAGCAGCUGAACUUUUCCCACAAGACGAUGCAAGAGUUCCUGGCCGGACGAUAUGUCGCUCACGUUGUAGGGAAUCAAAGCGGGGGAGAUAUUGCUGAACUGUUGCAGCUCACCUCCGUACACAAGGCACAUGAACUCAGUAACCUGCUCAAGUUCACGUGUGGCUGUGGAUCACGGGCGGCACAAGCUGUGAUGGAAGAACUAGGAAAGAUCAGCAGAAAAGAGUUUUCACAUUUACAACCGAGUGACUUUGAUCAGUCUCACAUGCCAGUUAGGUCAGAGAUUGAAAAAUCAACUGAAAAUUAUGAACGAUUUGUUUUGCUCUGUCUGGACAUCCUGAAUGAAAGAAAAGAGCCGGACGUACUGCAGGCUGUCAGUAAAGCCCUGCCAUUCAUUAUCAUGGUCUUCUGGGGACAGUUCAGGGGACAUGACAAACUAAGUGCUGCUCUGAAGUGUUACUUGGAAACUACCCAGUCAUCAAACAUCCAGAACAAAGUUAUACUAACUCUGAAUGGUAAAGAAGGACUGCAGUACUUACAGCAGAUAUUUUCUAUCCAUAUCCGGUCGUCGCACCUCCAAGUUAAACUAAGUCUUAGCAAAAAGGACGAUUUCGAGUACUUGCAACAACUUUUUGCCUCUCCCAUUCUCGGCCUGCAGGUGGACCUGAAACUUUUGGGCGAUGUAAAACUUGGCACACCUAAUCAGACAACCAGGCUGGUUUCAGUUCUAAUGAAUGUUCCUGGUAUGAGGGCGCUAGAUCUGUCACACACGGAACUAACACCAUCAUCACUCCAGGUACUUGUGCAGGGGUUUUGUCACAUACCUCUGUUAGAGGAGCUGGAGCUAAGUAGUAACCAUGCUCUUGGUGAUGAAGGGAUGGAAGUCCUGCAGUUUGGGCUGCCCAGUGUUCCACACCUGACUGUACUUCGUCUUAGGGCUGUCGGCAUGACCGCUGUGGGCAUGAAAUCCAUGGCUCCCUACAUGCGCCACCUAGCGGGACUGAAAGAACUGGAUAUUACCGAUAAUAAUAUCGGUGACAGCGGGCUGGAAUCUCUCAUUCCCGUCCUCUCCAUCUUCACAACGAUGCAGGUGUUGGUCCUGGAAGAAACUGGUAUCAGCGCCACGGGCAUGCGCAAACUGGUACCUGUACUGUGUCAGUUAUCCAGACUGAUCAAGCUGGACAUUAGUGGGAAUCAGGAUAUAGGAGACAUCGGACUGGAAUACCUGGCCGAUAUCCUUCCCCGCCUCAUAAGAAUGAAGGUAUUGUACCUCCACGUGACAUGUAUCAGUGACAGGGGAAUACCAUCCCUGAUCAAAGCUCUGCCUCACCUGGUGCAAUUACAGGUGUUGGAUGUGAGCAGGAAUGAAAUAGGGGACUCAGGGAUUGUCUCACUGGUGGAAACACUCUGCCAGCCCAGCAACUUGGACAUGGAACAUAACCCACCUGGUGACAAGAGUCUGACUACAGCCCCUCAAUAUAACACCACACUACAGCAGCUGCGCUUCGGGUUGAAUAGGGAAGUAACAGGUGCCGGGCUGGCGAGGGUCGCACAGCUCAUCAGCGCACUGCCGACACUGACCUGGCUGGACAUGUCUGGUUACCCCCCACCUGCACACCUAUCUGACACCGCUGCCAUGGCUCUGGCCGAGGCUCUACCCAGACUCCCUGCCCUGGAGGAGCUGGACCUAUUGUACAUCUCCAUGGAGCAUGCAGGGUUCCAGGCUGUGGUGCAGGCUGCUGAGGAACACCCAGCACUGAGGACACUUCGGUUCAUCGAGAAGAGAGUUCCUGAGGGAGCGGACACCAGCGCCAGCUGCUUGAGGUUGAGUUCGUGGUAAAGAUGCGACUCGAUGAUCGAAAGGACUGAAUGAGUCAGCUCAGACUAAAGACCGUUUUUUGGUCAUUAUAUUCAAGUGUUAUGAUCGCUGUCUAUGAAUAAUGUACGUUACAAAACAUCUAUUAAUCACUUUUGUGUAGCCGAAACACAAAAAAAAAUUUGUUCUUUGCGUUGGGAGGAGAAAAGACGUUUUGUUUACCCUAUAACAAUUUCGGUAGCAAUUGGUCCUCUCUUAGGCCUAGGUCACAUUUCCAAACUGGGGCCCGGCCGGGCAACUUUUGGGAGCGAAAAAAUUGAUGUAAAAUAUAUCAAAAUACACGAAAUGUCAAAAUAAGAUUCAUGAGCAUGAUUUAUGUAUAU